CCAAAGCCAAACGAGUAAAAAUAAAAACAAAAUACAAUGCAGACGCACAGGCGAGAGUAAAAUGGAGUAUCCACAAAUUGAUUUAUACGAAUUCCUCACGGAGUCCGAGCUGCAACAGUACUACAAUGCCGUCAAAAACGAAUUGAAAAUAACAAACGCGGCGCAGUUCAAGUAUGCGGCGGACGAGGAUUUGCGCUUCAUCGGGCUGUCGCGGCCGGAAAUCCGGCGGUUGCGCAAGUUCUAUGAGAAGCACUUCCCGCACAGCUACCUCAGCAAGAUCAAGCGCCUGCUGCAGGCGCCCGGCACUAUGGUGAAGCGGGAGGAGGCUCCCGGUAGCGGGGCUCAAGUGGCCACCGAUGGUAGUGGUGCCGCCGCGGGCACAUCGCUGGCCGCCAAGAACGGGGCCAGUUCGCCGGGCAAGGUGCCCAACAACAAGCACAUCAUUCCGGCGGACUCGAUCAGUGUCAACAAACAGCUCGGCACCGGAGAGUUUGGCAUCGUCCAGCAGGGCGUCUGGACCAAUGGCAGCGAGAGGAUCCAAGUGGCUAUCAAGUGCCUGUGCCGGGAGCGUAUGCAGUCGAAUCCCAUGGAGUUUCUUAAGGAGGCGGCCAUUAUGCAUUCCAUCGAACAUGAAAACAUCGUCCGGCUGUACGGUGUCGUCCUGGCCACGGAUUCGCUCAUGCUGGUCACCGAGCUGGCCCACCUGCGCUCGCUGCUCGAGUGCCUCAAGGAUUCCGGGCUGCGGGUCAGUUUCCUCACCAUACCCACUCUCUGCGAGUUCGCCUUGCAGAUCUGCAAUGGAAUGCGGUACCUGGAGCAGAAGCGCUUGAUCCACCGAGACUUGGCGGCACGCAAUAUACUAGUGUUCAGCAAGGACAAGGUCAAGAUCUCCGACUUUGGCCUGUCGCGGGCCCUAGGCGUGGGCAAGGACUACUACAAGACCAACUUUAAUGUAAACCUAAAGCUGCCGAUUGCGUGGUGUGCGCCCGAGUGCAUCAACUACCUACGCUUCACCAACGCGUCCGAUGUGUGGGCCUACGGCGUCUGCUUGUGGGAGAUGUUUUCCUACGGUUUUCAGCCCUGGGCCGCGCUCACCGGUCUCCAGAUACUCGAGGCCAUCGACUCACCCAACUACCAGCGGCUGGAACAGCCAGACUGCUGUCCCAGCGAGUACUACACGCUUAUGAUGAAGUGCUGGCAGGAUGAUGCCGCCAAGCGGCCGCGUUUCGGUGAGAUCUAUGACCAGCUGCCUGACAUGAAGCCGGAACAGCUCAAGGCGGUGGUCAAUUGUGCAGAGCCCAAGAAGGACCACCUACUGUAUCGCCAGGGCGACAUUAUCAGCGUCCUGGACCGCAACACAGGCACGCCCUUCUGGAAGGGAGUGCUUAGCACUGGCAAGACGGGCUACUUCAACCCCUCGAAUACGGUGGCAUUCCUCGAAGGCUUGCCCAGCUCCAGCCGUGACUCGUUUAGCCGGGUGAGCGACCACCGGAGUAGCAAGCGCAAGCUGCGCACAGAGAUGAUAUCGAAGCCGCAGAACGACUUCAAGCACACCGGUCACGUUGGCAUUGACGGCGCCACUUUUGGCGACAUUGCCUUCCUUGGCAGUUCGCAGAACUACAAUCACGUGCCCAAGCAGAUUGUGACACCCUAUAAGCCCUCUGAAGACAUUGAGCAAACGCCACUCCUGCUCCCCCCGACACCUACGAGUCCGGAUUCGUUGCAAACGGCCAGUGGCUACUUCCCGGAGGGUGUGAGCAGCGGAGGUGGUGCCAUGGGUACCUCCAUGAACCCCACCUUUAUUCCAUCCGCCGAGCACACGCCCAAGCUGAUAGCCACCAACGGUCAGAGCUCCUUCGAUUUCGCCACUGGGGGCUCCACCAACCCGUUCUUUCUCAACCGCGGAGAUGAUGAGCAGCUGGAGUUUACUCUGCACAACAAUAACUACGGAGGGGAUGGCAAGAGCAUGCACUCGAGCGAGGCAGGGUGGCGACCAACCUCUCGAAGUGUCGCGGAUGAUCCGCAUGAGUACCACGAGAUAUCAGAUGACGAGAUGACGGCCGAUAAGCUGGACUUUGGGCCGUCGCUGCUGGAUGAGAUUAACUCUAUGUUUGGGUCGAUGAGUGGGGCCUCGGGUAGCCAGCCGAAGUCGCCGGGAUUCGACCAAGUGAAUAGUAAGAACGAAUUUGCAGAAAUGUCGGCCAAGCUGGCCCAAAAGAGCGGCGAUACUAAUGGCAAUAGCAAGCAUGGCCAUGGACUGUUGCCAACGCUGUCGAAGAAGAAAACCUCGGGCACCGUAAAGCCCAUUUCAGUUAAGGAUGAGAAGAUUCUCAAUCAUGCCAUCGAGAUUGCCAACGAGAUAAGUGCCAGGUCGAUGAUUGACCUGGUUUCUGAUCAGACGCCCGCAAUCCACAGUCCCAAGCGCAAGUUUAGCUUCCGGUUUCCGCAUUUGAGUAACAGCAGCGGAGGGGAUAAGGCGGGAUCAACGGGAGGCGGCGGUGCCAGCGGAUCGGCCCACACACCUACACACGGCAACUCCUCGCCUUUUUCCAAAAAGAAAAACUUUACGGAGGAGCUGCAGAGCAUUCCGGAUAUACAGUCGCUGAUAGGAAAGGAGGGACUAGAGGCCUACAACAGCCUGAUUGAACGCAAGGCCCUGUUGGACAUUGGACCCAGUCCGGCAGCCACGCUUCUUCGCCAUCUGGACACCGACGAGUUCGACCUGCAGAGCCUGCACCAGUCGCAACGGCCCAUGACCUUGCCCACGCGAGGUGCCGCCCAGCGGGUGCGCAAGGCGGAGCUGGCGGCCACCUUAAGUCGCCACAACGAUGAGAACUUAAAUUCGCUGGAGGCCUGCGAAAGUCCCAGCUACAUGACCCACGGCAGCUACAAGUUCCCGGAAACACAGCAACAGCAAUCGGAGCCGCAACAACAACAGUCUCUGCCGGAGCCGGAGUCGCCCAAUCCCAUUCCCUUGCCGCCGCGCGAAGGCAAGAAACAGGUGAAGAACAGCACCAAGCGACAUGUCCGUAAAUAUCCGCUGAUUAUACCGGCCAACGGCCUGCAGCGAACUCUUAGCAAGUUGGCGGACUUUGGAGAGGAGACGGGAAAAAGCAUGGAGUCCGCUUCGUCCUCCCAGCAGCCGCAACCAGGUCGUGCCAUCGAGGUGGUAGCAGCAGUCCGACCAAGUAGCAUGAGACGCCCGUCGCGUCCCUCGGAACGGGAGUACGCGAAUAUGCCGGUCGUUGGUAGUGAACCCUCGCACACCUACCAGAACCUGGAAAAGCUGGCGCCGGCUGAUGCUGCCGGGCUUACUGACACCGCAUCCCUUCAGUUCGAGUCCAUUCUGGAAGCGGAUUCCAGCAAAGAGGGAAUUUUACAAUCACCAGAUGUGACCGACGGCUUUUACAAUUUCUCCAUUCAAAAGGAACAUUACAACAAGGCCAAGGAUGUGGAGUUCGAGGCUACCCAGAUCUCCGGUCUAUAUGUAAACGACGAUGAGCUGCGCAACCUGGAUAUGGAGAGCAGCCGCAAAACGGCCACUGCAGCAAGCACUAGCAGUACCUUGGACCCAGAGGUAGUGGCACAUCAAGAGACGCAGUCUGUGGUCGAAGCUGUCCCCGAGGAGGCAAGUCGUCGAUUCUCCAGCGUGGACAAUGAGCUGGCGGGCAACGCGUUAUUCAAAAAAGUACGCGCCUCCGUGAAUUUGGCCAUGAAUCGCAACUCCAUUGCUGACUCGAGUCCAAGCACCAGCCAAGCUAGCGGAGGAAUUACACCGAAGCCUCAAACAGAAGCUGAGUAUUUUGCAGCCACAGCCGCUCGACUGGCAGACUCGAACUCAGUGAGCUGCGAGGACCUGCUGGAAUUCUCUGACAAGAAGCCGAAAGGCUGCGAACGGGGCGUUGAUUCUGAUGAAGUGCGCAUCAUGGUAAAAGUUCUGGGAAAGGACAGCACCCCCAAUCGAUGCCUGGGAGCCUUGGAGUUCAUCAACUGGGAUGUUCACAAAUCCAUCAAGCUUAUUAAGUUGCAGAAUCUGGUUAGCGAGGCGAAUCUCAGCCUUGAAGCCUCGUUCGAGGCGCUGCAGCAGUACGAAUGGGAUCUGCACACGACGGCCCAUAAACUGAAUGGCCUUAAACUUUAAGAAUACUUCACAUAGCAGCGGCUGCUGCUCUUCCUGCUCCUUCUCUCCACUUCGAUCACCUUGUACUGUUUUAAACUACCGCCGUUGCCUUAACCUCGUAACUAUCGUUUCUAGUUCGUGUAGUCUAAGCUUUUCGGAUAGAUCUAAGGACUCGUACGUAACUUGAACCUAAUGUAAUCACUGCUCGCCAACCAUUGGCUUCCUUCAUUCGUAUCGAUCGGAAUCUCAGCAUGUACUUAUUCACGCAUGCUUCCCAGCAUCAAAAUACACACACUUAUACACAUUUA